UUCACCGUGGAGACCCUGGAGCACACAGUCAACAACGACUCCGAGAUCUGGGGCCUCCUCCAGCCCUACCAGCACCUCAUCUGCGGGAAGAACGCCAGCGGGGUGCUGUGCCUGCCAGACAGCCUGAAUCUUCACCGAGACCCCCAGCGGCCCAGCAAGCCGGGAGAGCUGCCCAUGUUCAGCCAGUCGGAGUUGAGGACCAUUGAACAGUCCUUGCUGGCUACCCGUGUGGGCAGCAUCGCCGAACUGAGUGACCUGGUGUCCCGCGCAAUGCAUCACCUGCAGCCCCUCAAUGCCAAGCACCACGGCAAUGGCACUCCCCUGCACCACAAGCAGGGGGCGCUCUACUGGGAGCCUGAGGCCCUGUACACCCUUUGUUAUUUCAUGCACUGCCCUCAAAUGGAAUGGGAGAACCCCAACGUGGAGCCUUCCAAAGUCAACCUCCAAGUGGAAAGGUAAGACCCACCUACUCUUGGAUGAUCAGAAAAGAGCUUCUUUCUGUACAGUGCAGCCUUGUGGUGGGUGCACACUGCCUCCAGGGUGCUAUAGGGAUUAGGGCACAGAUGGAUGCUGGGGAUAAGGACUGCCCUGUUCCCAGGAACUUGCUAAAGGAGUCUGGAUGGGAACUUUGUGUCUUGGGGAUUGGGAGUGACUUAGGAUCCCAUGUAGUCUUUGAACGAGGUUGCAUAGAUGGAGCUGGUUCAGUCCAGGAUAAAAAUAGCCCAGGUCAGGCCAAUUGCAGUGGCACAGCAGUCGGGCCCCACUGUGUAAGGCUGGGGCCACAUGAGAGGCCCCGGGUUC